AUGGAUUUUCCACUAACCAUUGAUCUUAUCAGACUUCUAAGAGGAGGACCAUUGAUGAAGUAUGGUAAGAAUGAAUAUGUAAGGAUUGGGGAUGAAGAUGAGGUUGUAGUGAGGGGUUGCAGAUCUCUUGAUUAUUUAGUUCCUAAACCUGACACGUGUUCGAAAGAAUUUGACUACUUAUCUCGUUAUUAUGAAUGGAGGUUGAAUAUGCAAACUGGAGAGGUUAAGGAGAAAGAUCUUUGUGGUGACAAAGUUGUUUAUAUGAAUUUUUCAAUGAUCAAUGAAAACUUUGUAGGUAUUAAGCAUAAAUAUGCUUACACACAAGUAGUUGAUCACAUUGCAAGCUCUACCCCUCAAGAUGUGCAAAGGUAUAGAGGUUUAGCAAAUCUACUUUUACCUAUAACCAUAGCCUGUGUUGCCAAGGAACAACAAGAACUAGUUGAUUUUGAAUCAUUUUUUACUCAUACAAUUUGCCAUGAAUGCUGCCAUGGAAUUGGUCCUCAUGCAAUAACACUUCCACCUGUGUCUCAAAAUAAAUUCCAUGUUAUGACUGUUCAGUUUAAGCAAUGA